AUGUCUCCCUCCCUCCUCCUCGUCCUCCUACUGGCUGCUCCGGCCCUCCUGACCCCAUUAACCUCCCAGGAGUUAGAGGUCAGAGGUCAAAGGACUCCCAGGGACACCAAGCAGGACUCCAUCAAGGUGAGACAUGAGAGGAGUGUUUGUGUGAGACAUUAAAAAACUGAUGAAUGAGUGAAAAAACAACAUCUUCAUGUGUGAAUUCAACAGGAGUUGUUGUGGUUUCCAUCUUGAACGAGUGGAGGUCACAGUCACGACACCAAAACCUCAAGAAUCCAGAUUUUGUCUUAAAAGGAUCAGAUUUAAUAAAGAGCUCUUUAACGGGACAAACACUGAGCUGAAUUUUCCUCACAUCAUAUCGUAUCUUCAGACUCCUCGAGUGUUACAGACUCACUAAACUAAACACCAAAAUAUGCUUUCAUCCCGUUUCAUGACAUUUAUGUGAGAGUGUAACCAAACCUGCAGUUUAUCAUCUCUCUCUUUGUCAGUGAAGAAUAAAAAUACUGAAACACUGAGCUAAUAUCAGAAAUUCAACCCAUGUGACAUUCAGAAGACCUCAUCAGGACUAUAAAAGUCCAAGUGUUCCCAUCCCCGAGAUCAAAUCUGCUCCAGACCGGACAUUUUACAGCGCUGUGGCCGGACAGUUUCCAGGACAGACUCAUCAAACUUUAAAAAAACGGAGUAAAAACAUCUCAGCUCAGCUCUCAGUGAAUGAUGCUGCAGAUGUUUCCAUCAAGAGGCUGAACUUCAUGAAGAAUUCGUAAUUUGUCCUUGUUGCAGGUGGUGAUCUCUGAGGGCUGCGCCGAUCAGGGGGAUUCAUCUGACGUCACCCAAGGAGGUAAAAACCUCAAACACAGGGACCAAACUUCCUGUGAUAUCUCGCGCCUGAGGUUCGGUUCGGUUUUAAUCUCUGUUUUUGUCUCUGGGAUUCUCAGGGAAAGAAAUCGACCUGAGCCCCGGCUCUCCUCUGGUCCUGACCCAUAAGAUCAAACUGGUUCCAUCUGGUUCUGGUUCAGGUUCUGGGUCUUGUGGUUGUGAGGCAGACUUUGCUUCCCUGAGGGAAAGGCUGGAGCGGCUGGAGAGGGAGGUGUCCAACCUGAGGGAGAAAUGCGGAGGAGCUGAAGGAGGCUGCUGCACCUCCAAGGAGAGCAAAGGUACGAACAGACAGACGGUAUUUAGAGACUGAUCAAUACUUGAUAAUCACCGUUGCGUCACGGGGACAGUGUGAGGAAGUUUCUGCCAACACCUCCUCUGAUUUAACUCACUAACAGUUGUGUUUAUUUAAUAAAAGCGGUAAAAUCCUGCUGCACAUGACCUUUUUAGUACCAAACAAAACUGUAAACGUCUCCUAAUCCUCCGUUUGCCCUCAGAGAGGAAACGUCAGGUGGUAAAAACACAAAAACAGAGUCAGUCUGAACCUCUUAUUCUUCAGGGGGACACAAACACUUCACUUUAAUGAUCAUGUUGGUCGAACUGAAAAUAUGAACCAACUGUGUCAGUGUGCCGUCAUAAACUUGUGCUUUUAUAAGGCAGUAAAAAACCCGCUCAUGUUGACAGUUUUAGUCUUCAGAGAUGUUUGUAAAUCACUGACUCAUCUCCUCGAGUCCAAAAAGAGAAAAUCCAGAGGUUUGGUUCGGAGGAUUGGAUCCUGAUGGGCCAAUCGCUCCGUUGGCAGCUUUUAUUCAAACACUCUGAAUGUUUAAAGUGUUUCAGGGCGAUCGAGUGUUAAAACUUUGUAACGCACAAAUGGAUCGAACAUGUUUGAACUUCACAAUCACAGUUUACUAAUGUUAUUUUAAUAAUAAUACGUGUAUUUAUGUACAGUUUUUCAUACAAAAAUGCAGCUUCAUUAGAAACACACAAUAACAGCUGAGCUACCGUGUGAGAGAAGAAAACAAACAAACAAACAAACGAACAAACAAACACCUGUGAUGUGGUUGACUUUACUGAACCGGUCUUCAGGUGAGUGGUUCUGAUUUCCUGGUUUAGUUUUCAGAACUUCACACUAAGAGGAGUUGAGCUUUUCUCUGCUCAUCCGCGACACGAUUUCUGCGUUUUCCACCUUUUUUCCAAACAACAGAAAUGAAUAAAAACAGCUGAACGUCCUGCUGUUUGUGAAAGAGGAACAGAGUUUAUCUUCAGAGUCGGUCGGAGGAUGUUUCAGGAGUUCAUCAGUCAGACUUUAUUGAUUACUGGACUGGACUGUUGGUGACGGUUCACGGUCUUUUGGCUGUUGUGACUCCACCUCUGAACACAAACAGAACCGUCUCAUGGGAGAAAAUGUUCUGAAGACACUGGAUCAUGUUUUUUUCUUUUUUUUAGCCUCAAAUUUUGUUUUUGUUUUUGUGUUUUUUUCUAAUCAAAUCUGCGGCCAAGUCUUUUUCUUUUCCUCCUAAUGAGCCUCAUCGAGCAGAUCAGCUCUGAAAACACUCAAAGACGUUCCCUCUCAGCUCUCUGUAAACUCCAUCACAUCACUUCUGUCACGUCUGUGUUGUCUCUCGCCUCAGCGCAGAGAAAAGACAACAUACAACUUUGUCAAGUUAAUUUGAAAAACCCCAAAUUUGUCCAAAAAGUCCCCGAAACAGGAGAUCGGAUUUAAGGUCCGGACUCUUGUGGAUCCUGGGCACCAUGACAGCGAACACAAACACAGAGCUGCUCAUAUGAAUGUGAUUUAUUCUGUAUUAAAAACAAACAAACCCGAGGAGCACACUUUUAGUCUAUUUACAUUCUGAACAGACACAUGCAUGUGUGUGUUUGUGUGUGUUUGUGUGUGUUUGUACCAACAUGUGGUCCAUAAACACACAAUAAGCUGUCUUUAAUGAGAAACUUCCUCUCUGCCCUCAAGUUUGUCGUCAUUAGAGCGAGUUUGUUUGUAAUCUACCAACAAAACCUCGCGGUGACAACAAACAAACACACACAUGCAUGCACACACACACACACACACUCAUAUAGACGAUUAUCUGAGUCUGGUUAACAUGAUCGAUGUUCUUAAACAGACUAUCGCUGUUAUUUUCUGUCAUAUAUUCUGUAAUUCUGACACGAAGUUCAGUGAAACAUCUCUGGUCUGACUUUGUUGUUGACGUUUGUGGUUCAGAGAGAAAAACUCAACAACUUUGUUUCUGAAAUCAUCCCUCAUGUCCCAGAUCAGCCUUUUUUGAAAACAUCAACAUGUAAUUUAUUGACGGUCUCUUAUUUAACACCUGACGUUGACAGUGAGGGUGUCGAGUAGAUUUAACCGCGCUGCUGUUGUUAUCCCCGUUUAUGGAGAGUGAGAAGACACCGGGAGAUCCUCAGUGAAUGUCUGUCAGAUAUCCAACCUGAAACUUGUGUUGUAGUCAAGACUGCACCAACCAAGACCAAGACAUUACCGAGACCAGGCAGGACCGAGACCGAGUGAAAAUGCCUUCGAUUCUGAGACAACACCAAGACCCUCAAAAAAUCAUCUUGAGACCAAGACCGAUCUCAAGUACUUCAACACUACUGUAUGAUAACCGUCAGCUUACCUGUCUUUACGCUUCCUCUGGAGGUGACGGUAAAAGUUUGAAGUCGUACCGUCUGUUUCUGUCAGUUGUACACUGCAGAAUUUGCACGCUGCAGAGUAUUUUCACUUGCAUGUCGUUUUACAAAUAAACUCCUCGUGGUUUAGGAAACCAAACUUAAUUAAUGCUGAGUUUACAGACAUCUUUAAUGACGAGUUCACCGGGUGCCGAGCAUGAACACAGCCUCUCCUCCUGUCGUCUCCAUCCUCUCUGUGUGUGGAGGGGGUGUGUCAGUCACUCAGACUGUGUGACACUGGGCAGGUAACUUAGCGGCUGCAGCUGGGGGAGAAUCUGUACGACCAAUGAUGUGAAGUUAUUAGCUCGACAGGUCUCGCUCAAAAACCUGAGUCUGCUCAGUCCGAGACCAAGACAAGGCCGAGUGAAAAUGCCUUAGAUUCUGAGACGACGCUAAGACCCUCAAAAAAUGGUCUCGAGAACAAGACCGAUCUCGAUCUCAGCUAAUUUUUUUGUGCGCACACGUGACCCUAAAUACAUUUUACAAUGCCAGCGAAACGGUCGCACUGUCAAGCCGUGGUAAAGUACAUUUGACAGUCUGCAGGUUAAAGUAACUGUAACAGCUGACAGAGUCAUCAUCAACCUCAACUCAGAGCAUCUGUGGGGUUUGCAAAGUUCAAACUGAGUUAAAAGUAGAUAACCAAUGUGGAAAUGAACCGGACAAAACUCUCUGUGUCAGAGGAGAGUAAAGACACACAAACACAGACGAGAUGAGGCCCCGUUAGAAAGACACAGAACAAUAACCACAACAACAGAGAGCAGUAUUAUCAGCAGCAUGUAGGAGAGAAAUGACUCUUUAAAGGGUCUCAAUAACCAACAAUAAAAUAAUAUGAUCCUCAUCCCUGUCAGGGGGUGAGUACACAUUCACACACUCUCAACUAUGAGCAGUUUAGAGUGAGUGGACGACUAAACACCCGUGUCUUAAACUUCAGAGGGGAGCUGGAGUCCCUAAAGAGAACAUACAGACUGGGAUUCAGACCAGGAACCGUCUUCUCUGAUCUAAAAUAAGUCCAGACUGCACUGGUCCGUCUGUAACGCCUCCUAUAACAUCUGCUAUAACCUCGUUUUCCCUGAGGCACAAAAGUCUGAGUCAGAGAAAUUUCCUCUCGUUAAUAAUUGUAGAAGAAUCGAAUCAGCCGAUGGCGGCUCCGCUUCUCUUCCUCUGCUGUGAGUCUUCAUCACAAAACCAACUCCUAUAUCGAUGAUCUACCCGAUCACGUGCAUGUGUGUCCGCUUCAGCCAAGUUUGGAUUACUUCACCGAUCGGCCUGUAGCUGACUGACUCAUCCCCCGCACACACACACACACAGAGCAUAAGCCGACAGAUGACAAAUAUAUCAAAAAUGCCGAUUCUUUUCACAAUUAUCUUUUUAUUAAGAGCAGAGUCGGAGCGGUUUGCCAGCUAUUCUCUCUGUGUUUUCUUUUUUAUUCUUAACUAAGUGGACAAACACAAACCAGAAAGAUUCAAACACACAAAAGAACAAGAAUAACAACAACAGGAGCAAAAACAAAGACACAGAAACAGCAGUGUGUGUUUCCCCUCCUGCCUCAGCUGCAGAUCGGUUAGUCAAGCUAACGUGUCCACUGACGAGUCUUUGUUAUUCAUCUGAGUGUUUGGAAUCAUUACAGAAAUCCUACAAUAUAAAUUUCCUGAAGUUAAAACCUGUAAUUUUGUUCAUUUUUAUUAAAUGACUCAAUAAUUAUUUGUAGAAAAUGUUCUUGAGAUUUCAGGAGUUAAAAAGUUCUUUCACUGUCAGGGAAAAUCUGAGCCUGUGAGGGACAAAAAGAUCAACUUUGAGUGAACUUUGCUCCAUCAGAAGUUAAGUCCCAUAAGUCGGAUAAUCGGCCUACUUCAGGCUUUUUCACCGCUGCAGGUCUGAGCGAUCUUCUGGAGCGAUCCCAGAACUUUUUCUGGCAAACUGGACCCCAAAAUAUGUAAACAGAGGGCGCGGAUUCCUAAUGCUGAAGUUUACCCUCAAUUAUAGAAUUAAAGUUAAUCUCAGCUCCUCAGUGAAGUACGCUCCGAUGUCAGUCAAACGACUUUGUACAGAUUUAUGUUCGUCAGUCGUAUCUUCAGUAAAAACAGAGCUGACCUCAGAGCCGGUCACGUUUGGAACUGGCAGAGCUCGGCGUAUGAGCUAACUCUGCCGUGUGUGUGUGUAUGUGUGUGUGUGUGUGUGUGUGUGUUUGUGAAGCUCUCUGCCCAGUGUGAUCUCAGUCCCGACCGCCUCCCAAACCAUUGUAGCCCCCCCCUCCACCCUCCAUACACACACAGAGCAGGAUAAUUAGUGCAUUACAUACUCGUUAAAGAGGAUAAGACCUCCACCCCCCCAACAUCCCAACCACCCAAACACUGAAGCAGAGCGCUGAGUGGAAACGAUCUGGUCUGAAGCAUCUGUUAGUGAACUUCCAUGUUUUUAAGACACUUAACUAAAGCUCUGUUUUCAGUCCUGGUGGACGUCUAGAAACAGAUAACCAACGCAGCUCAGGAUAAAGUUCACAUUUCUGAGCAGAUAGGCUCUAAGUCUGCUCCAGGAUGACAUCUGAGGGUCGUUUGUUUUCUGUGAUCCUUGUUAUUCAUCAUUAAACUCUCUGCAUCUUUCAACAUUCUGGUCCCCAGGGCCCGAACCGUCUCCUCGCUGGAUUCAGAGGUUUUGUUUUUAGUUACUGUAGCUGUAAGGACGUCAUGGUCAUGGUGCCCAUAUGUUCUCUCUGCUUAUGAUUCUCUGUUUGUUUCUUUCUAACCUAAAGGAAACAGAACAUAGAAAAACGUCCGAAUCUGUUGGACGUUACCUUUGAUCACCACCAUGAUCUCUUUUAUUCCUCGGAGUCCAACUACGUCCAUCUGGUACCAAACAGAUGUGACGCAAAAGGAGAAAGAAGAGGCGGACGCUGUUAAAACCGAAGCAGUCUCAAAAAGUCCAGAUGAUGCAAAAUAGACUUUCAGGUUCCAGAAGAGCUCAGAAGAAUGCGAGAUGCAUGUGUCCAAUUACAGAGUACAAUGAAGUAUUAUUAGGUUACAGAUGAGAUGGUUAUCCUGACGAUACGUCCGUACACAAGUUUCAGGAUCUACUUCAUAUUAGUGAAGUUUGCAGAGAGAUCUUAUCUGUAAUGUGAGCUCAAAAUAACAUCCUCAUCCGCAAAUGAUUUCUGGAACAUGUUUCUCAGAGGAGCCCCAGGUUUGGUUUAUCUCAGAGAUCUCAGUCUGAACGGAUGAAAUCAAUGAAUUUCCAGGGAAUUUCUCACAGCCUGAAACACACGAUCAACACUCGGCCUUACAACGAAAAGAUCUGAGCAAUGAAACGACACUGACCAGAACAUAAAGUGUUGAAUUAACACCGUUUAUUCUGUAGUUAAUGAUGUUAACCAUAGCAGGCGUGAUGUAAAGUUGACUUUAUUCUACCUCAAGACUAUCAAAAUAUACAAACACGUUAACUCUCAGGUGUUAAAAGAUGAUUUUAUUGAUUUGAAAAGGAUGUAUUUUUACAAACAGGUAAUAAUUUUAGUUUUGACCAAUCAGAAUCAAGUGUGUGGCUCAGCUGGGUGAUUACAGAUCUCAUUACAGACCUACAAACCUCAUCUUUAAAGGAGUGAUUUAAGGAUGAAAUGAAUCUAAAUAUGAAACAAGAAGAAAAACAGACUUAAGAUCAGAACUGGGGAUGUUGACGUUAAAGUUUUGACACUUUCUUAAAGUUCAGUCUUUUCUUUUUUUGGAGGAUAUCUGAAAACAAACUAAUCAAUAAUUCAACAUCUAUACAUGUAUCACUACUUUGCAUUUAUUGCGUUCCUAAUAAUCAACCACAUUAAAUCUGAGGCUUGAAAGUAGCAAUGAAACCAUUUUUAUUCGGCCACUUAUCAAAACUGUCCCUGAAUGAAUCCCCUGAAACUCCGUUCUCUGUCAGGUUCUCUGUAAAAACGUUUUGACCAAUCUGUGUCCUCUCCUCUCUCUGCUUCAGGUGCGAGCUGCUCCAUCAAACCAGGUGACGGCGAGUGUCCCAACGAGUGCAGCGAUCAGGGUCGAUGUGUGAACGGCAAAUGUGUCUGCUUCAGCGGUUUCAGCGGCCCGGACUGCAGCCAGUCCAACUGUCCUGGAAACUGCAACAACAAGGGCAAGUGUGUGAACGGACAGUGUGUCUGCGAUCCGGGUUUCACCGGUCCUGACUGCUCGCAGGGCGGCUGCCCUGACAACUGCAACAACAAAGGCCGCUGUGUCAACGGUCAGUGUGUGUGUGACAGCGGCUUCACCGGCCCCAGCUGCUCAGAUAAAUCAUGUCCUGGCAAUUGCAACAACAGGGGGCGCUGCAUCGAUGGAAAGUGUGUCUGCAAUCCUGGAUUCACUGGACCGGAUUGCUCUAAAAGGGGGUGUCCAGACAACUGCAACAACCGCGGCAGGUGUGUGAACGGUAGAUGUGUGUGCCAAAGCGGUUUCAGUGGUGCAGACUGCUCUGAGACGGGCUGUCCAGGAAACUGUAACAACAAAGGGCGCUGCGUAGACGGCGAGUGUGUCUGUGACGAGGGAUUCGGUGGACCAGACUGCUCCGAAAUUAUCUGUCUGAAUGACUGCUACGACCGCGGGAAGUGUGUGAACGGUCAAUGUGUGUGUGACGAGGGAUUCACAGGGGAGGACUGCUCUGAGACAGCCUGCCCUGGGAACUGCAACAACAGGGGGCGCUGUGUUAACGGGCAGUGCGUCUGUGACGCUGGUUUCGCAGGUGAGGACUGUUCUGAGGCUGCCUGCCCUGGAAACUGCAACAACAGGGGGCGCUGUGUGAAUGGCAAGUGCGUCUGUAAUGCUGGUUUCACUGGUGAUGACUGUUCUGAAAAAGCCUGUCCUGGAAACUGCAAAAACAGGGGGCGCUGUGUUAACGGCAAGUGUGUUUGUGAUGAUGGGUUCACAGGGGAGGACUGUUCUGAAAAAGCCUGUCCCGGAAACUGCAAGAACAGGGGGCGCUGUGUGAAUGGACAGUGUGUGUGCGAUGAUGGGUUUACCGGUGAAGACUGUUCUGAGAAAGCCUGCCCAGGGAACUGCAACAACAGGGGGCGCUGUGUGAAUGGACAGUGUGUUUGCAAUGAUGGGUUCACCGGUAAAGACUGCUCUGAGAAAGCUUGUCCCGCUAACUGCAGCAACCAGGGGAAGUGUGUGAAUGGGAAAUGUGUUUGCGAUGUGGGCUUUGCCGGUCCGGACUGCGCCGCUAAGGGCUGUCCCGGUAACUGCAGCAACAAAGGACGAUGUGUCAAAGGGAAGUGCAUCUGUCGGCGCGGGUUCACCGGACCUGACUGCAGCCAGUGUGAGGAGGGAAUGACCGGACCCAACUGUGACACAGGUGAGCCAAACCCAACAAACCCAUCGAAGGUAGAACAGCAGUGAUAGUUCUUAUGUUGAUCAGGUAUCCAGGUACAACUGUUAGCCUGAAUGUCGACACUGAGUUUAAAUCGUGUAACCAAUGAAAAGGUUGAUUUAAGGUUAGCGUCUUUCUACCAGUUUAUUAUUGUCGAGAAAAACUUAUGGCAGAGCAGGUUAGCGCCCCCCAAUGUAUGAGGACCAUGGUCCCUGCUGCGGUCGCGGAUUUCAGUCCGGCCCCGACCAUAUGCUGCAUGAUGACAGUUAACAGUCAGAACAGCCAACCAAAACCCAGCCAGCAAACCAACAAACUUACCAGUAAACAGUCAGAACAACCAACCAAAAAACAGCCAGCAAACCAACAAACUGACCAGUAAACAGUCAGAACAACCAAGAAAAAAGAAAAACCAGCCAGUAAACAAACAAACUUACAAGUAAACAGUCAGAACAAACAACCAAAAACCAGCCAGCAACCCAACCCACUCUCUCUCCAUCUCCCCACAUUUCACCCUGUCCUUUCAAUAAAUGGAAAAAAUCGCCCCCCCAAAAAAAAAACAAACAAACAAAUAACAAUAAUAAUGAAAAUAAAUGAAUAAAAGAUACUUCACGAUACACCUGCAGAACCUCUACCUGUGAGCUCGUCAUCCAGCAGCCCAGUGAAGAUGCUGACAGCUCAUCUCCUCAGCUGCUUGAAAAACGAGAGCAGACUGCAUGGAGGAGUUUUCUGUUUUUUUCUGCUCGAAUUCUCGAAUUUCUGCUGCCGGUACUAUCGAAACAUUCCCUCUUUACUUACGAUCCUCUACUUUCACUGGUCACAGACUUUCAGCAGUGAAGCACAUUUGGUCACAUCACUUUUUCCCAAUAACAUUCCACCUUGACGACGGAGCCUCUCUUUUUUUCGGCCUUGGCAGGACAGACUUUUUUCUUUUUCUUUUACGGGUUUUUUUAAAGGAAACAUGUGACACCCUGCAUGUCUGUGUGUGAAAGUCAGGAUCUGAUGAGUUGACUUCCCAGAACUUCGAGAACUCGAUGUUAAAAGAUACCAUCUUUCAUUUCCCUGAAGGAUCACCAAGUCCUCUGAUAAUGAAGUGAGCCUCCAAGUGAAUUUGGCUUUGACCUGUCCGUUUAACUCUUCGUACCUCUGAACCAAAUCCUCUCAGAUUAAAAAAACAGAUCCAUUCUUUCAGAUCCUGUGGAUAAGUCUAAUUUGACUUCGAUGCUGUUUACUUAUUUGUUGUUUAGUUGGACUUUAAAGGGAAUUAUCUUUGUAAUAAAUCACAUCCUCUGUGUUGUGGUCCAUUCUCUUACUGAAGCUCGUUUUCCCGGGUGGAUUGAAGGUUUAGGGGACACGAGUUUGCUCUUAAACUUAAGUGUCAUCUAUUUCCACAUAAUGACUUUAAUGAGGCGGACACUUGGGAGGGAGCAGACAGUUUGUCAUUUGUGGGAGGGUGCAGGUGUUAAAUGUUUGCAGACUUUUUUCAGACUGUUUGUUGAACAGGUCAUGCUGAGACCGUUUUUUAUCCCCAUUAGCUCAACAUUUCGUUUAUGACAGAAACAUAUUUCUCAGUAUUUUGGACAUUUUUAUUCACUUUUAUGACUUCAUACAUCUUUACUGACUGGAUCCCUCAGCUUGCCUCUUCACUCUGUUGUUUAGGUCGUUGCUAGGCUACGUUAGCAUAUUAGCUAGUGUAUUUGGAGCCGUUUUAGCUGCAGUGAUUCCAGUAAAGGAACCGUUUCAUUAACAGCUACGUGCAGCCUGAGGGUGAGGCAGCACAGACACACGUGGGAGUGUGAAGUGUUUUCCAAAAGUCCAGCUGAUUAAAGUGAAAGACGAGAUGUCCUGCUAUCUGAGGAUCCACAUGAGACGGAGGAAGAGCGAGAUAAGGGGGCUUCAUAUGCACUUCCUCUGCCCGUUUUGGCCCCCUCAACUUUCCGUCUUUUCGUUCACUGAAUCUUUAUUUGAAAUGAGAUCAUCUACAGAGGUUUACACAGGCGUUACUGGUUCGGUUAUUUGCAGAGGGAUCCAUCUGUUCAGGUCCUUAAAAUCUCAUUUCUUCUCGAUCCACCUGCAGCUCAAACUUUUGACCCACCCGUCCGUCAGCCUGGACUGCACUUUGUUUUUGGUCUCGAUGUUGAACGGAGAUCGUCUGAGCAUGUUAGCAUCAUGACUCAAACAAACAUCGAAUUCCUUAAAGGACCGCUGCAUUCUAGGAGCCUCCUCUGCUGUUGUCAUGACACAAAGUCUUGUUUCUCUCCUUAAAAAUGACAAAUAAUGAGAUAUGAUCAGAUUUGAGGCCCAAACCUGACCUGGAAAGUUUGGAAAGAGAUUAAAAAUCUAAGCAUUAAAGAAAAGAGCAGGACAGAUCUGUUAGCUGUCACAUUUUACGAAACAGUCAUGUCAGGAUUGAAGUAAAUCUCAUGAUUAUCUUUCUUAGUAAAUGUGGCUUUAUAAACAGCUGUUCAAUCAGCUGGACUUUUAGCUCACAAUUUGAACUUCUGGCCAUCUUCAGUAUUGACAUCCAACAUUUGACUUCUUAUUUGUUUGUAAAAUUAAAGUUAGCCACCAACCCUCCGACCAAGAGAAUGAAGAGCGCAGAUUUAUCCUCGUUUUACCAUCAUGAGAAUCGUUCUAUAUAAGAAGUCGUUCUUUAACUCCUUCUUUUUGGAAUAAUCAUUAAAUUGAUUUUCUGUUUCUGACCACAUGUUUGAGGAUUUUCAGUUGUCGGCCACAAACCCACUCAUUUUUCUUUCUCUUGUCUCAACAUGUCGAGUUAGAUUUUUCGUAAUCGGUGAUGGAAAACUCGACGUCAGGUUCUCAGUGACCCACUGAGCUGUGAAUUUUUCAGCACAAAUUUUAUGAGGAAGUGGAGCACUAAAAACCAAACUGAGAGUUAUUAGGAGUACGCCCUCUCUGUGUGACGCUGCACAUCAGCCGCGUGUCUCUGCCAGGAGGAGGGCAGCUUCGUGUUGGCAGCUUCUCGGAGCGACACAUGUUUCAGUUUGAGGUUUAUUAGCAGCACUUUGUUCAGCGGAGUGAAUCAUGUGAACUAUAACAUGAGGGAAAAUCUGAACGGCUCUGCUGCUCGGUUUAUAAAACGUUAAUGGACCAGGACUUAGACUGCACCAUUUCCACUCUAACACUACAUGUCACACUCGCUCUUUGACACACGUCUGCAUGGAGAUGCCAACCCAAACCUCAGGACCUGAAUUAGUUUACAUCCACACCCACUUACACACCAAUCAGCUUCCAGCUCAGGCUUCAGCUUCUUGCUCGUUGACUGUGUAUAAAAAUGGACCACACGACCCCCCCUCCAGUGAAAAAGUGAAGCUGUAACACCUGAAGUAACAGGUGCGGACAUCUUGACCGUCCGGAGCCUGAAGUAGAGCGACAGUAAUGUCCCGAGUUUGACUGAUAAUUAGAUAGGAGGAGCGUUUCCACUUUUUUCUCUGUUUUGAAGCUGAUUUCAUUUUGAAAGCUGGAGGAAACAAAGCGUUGGAAUAUUCCUCGUUUUGUUCCAGUAUACCUCAAAUCAGGAACUGGACGAGAUCCUCUGAUGACAAAAACACCCCGACUGACUGAGCCGGAUCAUUUUCAGGGAACAGAUCAGUCUUAUGGUUGUGAUUCCAGCGUUCGACCAUCUGAUGUCAAACACUGUCACAUUCAUCACCGGCUUCAGUUGGAUCUAGUGCGUCUCUAUCUCAGGAUAAACUGAGACUUCUGGUUCAUUUAUUUCACUGCAUCAAUCACACAAGAGAGACAGAGACACACGGAGAGGAGAGCUUUAAAUGAAAAACUCAGGUGGAAAAAAAGGGACCUGUUUGCCCAGAACUGAGGCUCAGGUACAUUUUCAAGUCACGCUAUUUCCACUCCUGAAGCAGUUUGAGAAGCGGUUUCACUCAUUUGAGUAAAUUUGACACGUGAACUUGUGUUUCUUGUCCAAAAAUAUUUGAUUAAUAACUCAGAACUGUUUCCAAAAGACAGUCUGACACUUUUACAUCUUAGGCGGUUUUAUACAGGGACUGUCUAAUCCAGGGGUGUCAAAGUCAAAUGGACGGAGGGCCAAAUAAAAAAUUUAGCUACAAGCCGAGGGCCGGACUGAUAGAGUGUUCAUUGAAAAUUUUUUAAAUGACGCAUAUAGUCUAGUGAACCUAACUGAACCUACUGAAAACCUAACAAAUAAAUUCCAAUAUGUUCAGAUAAAUAAAGCAAUAUUUUCUUAUGGCUCUGUCAGUAAUCUUUAAUUUUCAACAGACACAAAAGACAAAUUUCCUUUAUAUAAAAAUCCCCAUAACAUGAACAUUAAAUGAAAGAAACCGGUAUUAUUCAAGGCACCAUCAGUAGCCUAUAUUUUCUAUUUUAGCAAAAGUGGGCUAAAUUUACUUCAAAGAAAAAAAUAAUAAUCGCAAUUUUCUAUCAUCCACUCAACUGAAAUAUUUUUAAAAUAUAAUUGGAUUGAAAUACAAUAAAAACGUGUUUCGUUUCAUAAUGUCGUCUCAGAUUAUACUCUUUCAGUACCGCCACACUUUCUCCACACAGAAGACACACAGGUUUUCCAGCUAUCUCCAUGAACAUAUACUCCGACUCCCACCUUGUUUGAAACCCCCGGUUCUCAGUGUCCACCUUCCGUUUUGCCAUUUUUGAUGGGUAUCUGAAAGUUAAUUUUACUGUUAUGCUGACGACUGCUGUGCUAAUAAAUAUUGAAAUGAAGCAGCCUACUGCUCGGUGCGUCACUGUUGCAUUGUGGGAAAUGUAGUAUUGGUGCGUCUAAAAGAUCUGCGGGCUGCCGGCUUGCUGCGGUCUGCGGGCCGGUUCUAAUAAUAAAUCAAGAUCAUCCCAGGGGCUGUAAAAAACCUUCUCGCGGGCCGGAUGUGGCCCGCGGGCCUUGACUCUGACAUAUGUGGUCUAAUCGGUUGUAUAGAUGGAUGUUUUGAUUCCUGGACUGUGAAAAAGAAAAAUACUUUUUUUUUGGUCCUUUAGAUUUCAAACAAGUCGAUUCCAUCACAGCUGCUGCUCGUCUACAUUCAAGUUAGUACCUCAGACAGACGCCUCACCAGGUGACUUACCAGACACAUAUAAAACCACAUCAUCUGCGUAAAGGUUGAGGUCAGGCCCACAGCAAGUAGGGAAUCACACUCUAACAGAUUAAAAAGCAGAGGACCGAGGAUUGACCCUUGGGGGACACCAUAGACGGCAUAAAUAACGGAAGUCACUUGUUUGUUUUCUUGACUGCAGACGAGGUUUUCGGUCUUCUGUUUGGAGUUUUCUGGAAUCAGAAGUGAACAUUUUUGGAGGAGCGGUCAGGAGAGUUGUCUAAACUUUAAAAAAUGUUGAAGUUACCAUCUGUGACGGAUUCAGAAUCGAACAAUCUGUUCUCUAAAGUCCAGCCUGCUCUUUAUUAGGACAAUAACUGUUCGGUACGUGAAGUGCAAUAACAAAAAAACAACAAAAUAUUAAAAGAACAUCACGAACGAGGUCGGAGCACAGACUUCUUGGGUGGGCAGUCGGUACCAUGAACCACACACAAGACAGAUUUCUUAGUCCAGAUUUUAAAGGUCAGUGACUGGAUUAAGUGAGUUGAUAUUUAGCAGACAGUCUGUUGGGAACAAACAGUGCCCCGUUACUAUUUCCUUAGAAUAAUAAAAACAGGUGAUUUAUAUAAAGAUUUACCCCGUAUGCUCCCAAAACCGACCUCUAGAGACCAUUAUUGUUUCUGCAUCAGGCUGUAAACUGGAUUUUUCCGCCAUUAAGAGGUUAUUAAACAUGAGGUCUAAUGAGGGGGGUUAUUUUUGUGCCUGUGGAGCCGGUCUCAAGUGGACACUCGAGACACGGCAGUCAUUAGCAGUUCCACAUAGACUCUAUUGUUCGACACCAGAGGAGCUGAAGAAUUAAAAUGUUUAUAUAAAUAUAAUAAAAUAUCUUCUCUUUGUCUUUUCCUGCUCCAGCGAUGUCCGGCGUUUCUCAGCUGAGCACUCGAGACAUCACAGAAACGUCUGCCACUCUGGUCUGGACUCCACCUCCUGUCCGAUAUGAGACCUACUACAUAACAUUCACCAGCCAGGUAGGAACAUCUUCACUGCAACAGCUCCUUCAGUCACACGAACAAAUCAAGAACAAAUGACGAUUGUUGGGUCUCUUUUUUAGACUCACAGUUAAUAAUCUGAAGAACAUGUAAAAAGAAUUCAAACCCGGGCCAAGUCAGACUCCAAAGUAGCUUCAUAUUGUUUAAAUUUAUGCCCCGGUUCCUGACCUGCAGGACCACAAAGACAAAACAAAUAAACACUCAUCAUCCAGGAAUCAUUCAGGCAGCAGAUGUAUUUGUUGACAAUCAUGGCUCUUCACCAGAACCACCUGAGGUUUUCCAUCCCCGUCCGUCCCAGCGUUCACGACUCUGAGCUGCUCAGAGGUCAAAACCUCCGUACGCCAAGUCGUGUUGAGACGGCUCGAAAAAUGUUGGACAGCGUGUCUGAAAUCUGUCCCUGAAAUUUACUCAAGAUCCACAGGGAUCCUUUAAAAACACGCCGAUGAGGUCUGCAGAUUGUGCAUCACCUUAAACGACCUCUGAGGUCUGAGAGGAAGAGGAGGAAGAGGAGGAAGUAAUCUCACGCUUUAGCACCACAAACUCCAACUGUAGAUGUCCUCCAGAGACGUUUUGAGUUACUGCACAAAGACAGACAGAGACAGGGCCUGACCAGUGUCUCAUAAAUCAAACUCAGUGUCAGACUGAAUCCAUUGUUUUACUCUCAUGAAUUUGGUCGAAUGGUUUGAACAACACUGAGUUUUAAGUGUCUUUGCAGAGAUCAUGUAUCCCCCCCCCCCCCCCAGUGACAGAGAGAGAGAGAGAGAGAGAGAGAGACAGAGAGAGAGAGAGAGACAUGUCCACGAUUCUCCACAAACCUCUGAAUACAAGAUUCAGACAAUAAACUUACAGAGGGAUAUGUGCUGUUAGAUUUUAAAAAAGAAAAACACGGUCAGCUCUAAGUUAGGACAGAGUAAGGUGACAUUUUCGUCAAAGUAUUGAUUAUGUUUAAAUCAUGAAAAGAAAAGUUUGAAAAACUCAGAGAGUCGAGGUAAAGCGUUCAGCCUAACCUGAGGUCCAAACAAACAGGUGUCUGACUCCCUCAUCUCAGUCCACCAUCCGUCUAGACACUCCUAUCUGUUUUUUUCUCCUUCUUUUACUUCAACUCUCUGUUUGUUUUAUUAUUUAUAUCAAGAGGUGCCCACUGGAUAAUCCCUGUAAUCUCCCAUCAGUCUUCAUGUUUUGGAUUUGGGGUUAUUAAGGGUCAUUCAGGAGGACGUGUGCUGAUGUUUCCUCCAGGAGUCUGGCUCUGCUGAAAGAUGCUGACAGGGUUGUAUUUUAACACAGAGUGUGUUUACAUGCACGGCUUAAACGCCAAAUCGGACUUUUCUCCUCGUCCGCGUAUACACCCAUCUUAGAAAAUUGAAUUAUUGACGUGAACGUGUCCUCCUCCCCAACACUAGGGGGCGAAAUGGGCAUUUUCAAGAAAGAAGAAGAAAGAAGACAGCGUUGUUUUUGUCCGACAUGAUGGACGUGCUACUUUUUCUACAGAUGAGACGAACGCUACUCCUCUGGUGUUUUUGUUCCGGGGUUACAGGGGCGUUGUAAUGGUGGUGAUGGUGAAGUCCACCAUCACUUGGUUUAGUGGUGGAGCAUGAAUGUUUGGAUGAAAUAGGAGCUGAAGUACGACAAUCUAUUAGUCCCAUUGUCAUUCAUUUUUCUUCUCAGCCAUCUCUUCAGGUAUCGUCCUCUAGUCUGUGAGGUUCUUCAAAGCAUCAUUUCAACAUAUCAGAGAUAAUCCCUAAAUUUUUAUUUAUAGUCUCACUGACGGUUCCACUCUGGCGUCAUGAUCCUUCGGGCUAAAAUCUGAGGUUGCGUGUUCGCUCGCGUGUUUUCCUCUCAGCUGGACGACCUCCUGUGUGUAAAUCUACCAGGACGACACUCACACUUCAUCUCCCCCUUUUUGAAGAAGUGUUGCAUUUCCGAGAUCUGCUUCUCACACUCGUUUUAAUCCCUCACAGGAACCGUUGGACGGUCAGCGAGGGUGUGUCAGUGGAGACAGAGUUAGCAACACAAACAGCUUAAAGCCGUGACUCACAAACAUGAAGAGAACAUAGCAACAGGGAGGGAUUAACAGCUCUGAGUGUGAGACCAACAAGACUCCAUCUAAAACCCACUUCACUGUGGAGGUUUUUAAUCACAUGUUGAUGAUCUGCAUCAGUUCAGCUUCGAGCAGCACUCCGUGUUUCUGUUUACCAAAGAAAAAAAAACGUUCCCAAACAUCCUCAUCUUUUCGAGAUUUCCUUGGAACAUGACUCACGUCAAACAGAACUUUGUCGUUUCUCAGGAAAUGUGAUUAUGCCAACCAGAUUCCUGUUUUAGGAUUUGGUGUUUACCAGUUCACCAUCUGCAGUGAAUGUUUUACUUUGGGAUUAUUAUCGGUGAUGAAGUCCAUCGUGAUUUAUUUAUGAUUUAACUUAGAAUUACAUUUUGUUUUGGACUUUUUCACGUCUUAAAGGAGAGAAACAUAAGAAUAAGAAAACUGCCUCCUACAGGUUCAUAUCAGGUCCUGUUGUUUUGGAAUCUUAUAGAUUACUGUAUCUUGGAUUAUAUCAUAACAUGUUAAACUCAAAAACUAAACCCUGGCUCUUAAGGGGUCUUUCAGCGCUGUGGACCUGGUCUAUGUCAGAUGGUGAACUCAGGUGGAUCAUUAUUUAAAGACUCCACAGGACUUCAUCCUCUUGCUGUGCUGUUUGUCUGAUUAACGGGGAACAGAAACGGUGGAUGGCGUCCACGUCCAGCCCACGUUUAAUGCAGAGGAGAAAGAGAAGCCAUCUGCUGAGCGAUGGGUGUGGCCAAGACUAUCCAAAUAACCAUCAGGGAUGUCCUUUUGUAAAUAAUCGCACUGACUGUUAUUUCUCUCUGGCUCCAAACUCCAAACCCACCUCUGCUUGUUCAUCGUGACGAUCUGUUCUCAAACAUGUGCCAUCAAUCUGCAGCGGAGGCAUUAAAAACCUGGAAAAUUACUAAUUGCGUCGGUAUUUAUGAGAGUCAUUUUGAAGACGGAGGGAGCGGGAAGCCGAACAAAGGAAACACUCCGAACUUCACUUUCUAAAUCAGUCCGAAUCCUCUCCGAACUGUCACCGAGAUGAAAAGAGAGCAGCUCGCACACAGAGCGGAGAGUUUAGCGCAGAGCGAUCGUGUCCUGGCUCCCUCUCAGACGUGUUUUCCCACAGACACACACACUUACAGCAGUCACUCUGAACUCUGAUUUCUUUUGACAAAACCAGACCAGAAGAUUUCCCCGCAAUGACAUCACCGAGGGUUCAGCCCCUGUAAUGACUCCGAGAGGUUUGGACCUGAGCGACGACACCAGGAAGUAUCCAGGACCGCCAAGAACUGGAGAGGGAGGAAGAGAGGAGAGAUGAGAGGAGAUUAAAAAGUCAUGAGACAGAGGAGGGGAUGGAGAGACUCGAGCAGAGGGAGAGAUACUGGAUCUGACAGGAAGAUAUCAUAAAAACCUCAACAAGAUUCACGAUUUGACUGGAUGGAUCCAAAGAUGAGGGGAGAAAAAUGGCAAAUGCAGAAAUCACAUUUUUAGUUCUGAGAGAAAUGACAGUCGAAGUUUCAAGUGAUGGAUUUUUAAAGUGACUCAAAAAAGUGUGAAACACCUGCAGAAUAUUUCCUCAGAGCGGGGGUCUCCGACUUAGACCCUCCAGGUUUGUUAUCUUUGAAGAACAAAAACGCCACAAUAAAGCAGCGAACCCGUGAAAAUUUACUUUUUAUUUCCUGGAUCACAACUUUUUCAGACUAACCAAAAAACGCACCUUCAGUUUGGAUGGUUGUUGGUAUUUCUCACGGUGGUUCCAAACGUUAUACUCUUUUACAUUUUUAUGGCGUUUCCACUGAACUCCAUGAAAAACUUCUGCAGUGUUCAUCUUUCUAAAACUCUGUGUUCUUCAUCCACCGUGAGACGACUUUGGAGCGAUCAGGCUUCCUCCACAUAGUCACUGAAAGAGGACAGAUUCAGAUCUACUCUGCUGUAUAUCUGUGCACUGAGCAUAGAGAAUCUAGAGGAUUGGAGAUGAUCUGCAGAGCGGUCAGUGUUUAUGAGCCGUCUGCUUGUUGUUCUUUGGAAUCCAUUCGAUCCAAAAAUCUGUGGAGAUGCUCUGAAUCUUAGUUUUUUUUUUUGUGUCGUUCUGUUUAUUUUCUCCCGGUUCUCCCCUGAAACUCAGUUUUAAAGUAAUGAUUCCCCUGCAGGAUGAAAAUCUGUCAUGUCAGUGUAGAAACAUGUUGGAAACCAACGCCUAACUUUGUGUUUUUCUGUUUAGUUUGGUUAACUUCUUGCAGAAGGCACAUUGUGAAAUUUCGGUCCCAAAUUUCAGGAUUUGGAUCAUUUUGAGUCUUCUGAGGUUUCAGCCAGUCGCAGGUGGACGUGUCUCACGGUGUGGUCCAACUGUCUUCUCACUGAUGACUUCCUCGUGUUUCCAACAUGAUUGUCAGGCGGAUUUAAGGACUUCUCUGAAAUCCAACAUCGUCUAAGAAAGACGAACCAGACAACAAAGGAGCCUCUGAGUAAAGAAGAAGACGAGAAAUGAAAGUAAAAACAGUCGGUAAGAGCUCAGGAUGAAAACAGAGGAGCCGUGAACGAACAGAGCGCUCCGAGCUGGAGAGGAAAAGAUGCAGAUGUGGGAUGCUUGUUGCUACAGAAACAUGUAAACACCGUCAAAAACAUGGCGGCUGCCAGAUGGAUGACAUCAGUGCCGGUCCGCAGCUGUGACACAGAAAGAGAGAGAGGCAGAGAAAGACCUAGAAAGAGAUGUUUGCUGGACAGACAAACAACAAGACAGUGUGACAACAACAAGCUGAAGUGAGAACAGAUUGUUGAGGGACAGGAGAAAAAAGACGAGUCUCUGAGGACGUCGGAGAACAUCUGGUUUUAAGAAAUAACGUUCAAGUAGUUUAAUGAGGCACAUUUACAUCCCUCUGAUAUUUACGGUUUCCAGGUUACCUCAUCAAUCUGUCCUCCAAGAAUAGACUCUUACUUUUCACUCUCAGACUACAGAAAGGUUACAACAACACUCCAGUCCUCCACUCCUGGGCUGUAAGUCAUUAUUAUUUCACUGCCUAUUAUACCAAAAAGACUCAAUUAAACAUUUCCUAUAAAUGUUCAGGAACUUUCCUGUUUGUUCGACUAACACAGUUUACUAUCAUAUAAACACAAACUGUAAAGUCAGGCUCUUCUCACUCCUACAUGAAGUCCAGACAGACUCUCAGCUCCCAUGAAGCUCCUUGUCAUGGCGUCGUCUUCUGAAAGUCCGCGCAGGAUUCUGAAGGUCUCAAACAGUCGACUCGUUUUAGGGGUUUUCUGCACCGGUCUGUGUCUUCUACUCUCAGAUCAGCCAACCAGCACGGAGCCUCAUCAUCAUAUCAUCCCCGCCCACUCAGAUCACUGCAUAGAUAAUGAGGUUAGAAACUGAGAGGCUGCAGAUCCAGUCAGUCAAUUCAUGACGACCUGGAUAUAAUGUUGUGACAGUUAAAGAACUAUUAUCCCAGUACCUCCGUUUUAACUCAUUCAGUUCCAGGUUCAUUUAGGCAGUUUUCACCCAGUGACCACAAUGGAAAUUUCUGUAUCUUUCAGGACCCACAGAAUAUCUUGUGCUUGGACUAGAAUUAAGUGCAACAUCUCAACGUCUCUCUUCUUUUACCAGAAAAAAAGUUAGUUUCUAACCCACUCCUGUGUUCAGUUAUUGUCUGCUCAAUGCAGCGUGGUCGUAUCGUCUUUGCCGAUCUGGAAAAACACAUUUUUACGAAGGAGAGACUUUGAUCGUCAGAACUCUGAUCGUCUAUUUCAUUUCACUUCUAACUACUUCACCGGUGGCAUCAAGCUCCUCCCUCCUCGGACACCACUCCUCAUCACUCUCAAGAUCCGACUGUGAUAGGUCACUUUGGGACGGCUGGGAGUCCUAUUGGCUCUCAAGAAUCUGACGCCGCCAUGUAAACAACACGGACUGCUUGCGUCCUCCUCGCCCAGAUUGUCGUUGAAUUCCGGCUCAGUCUCGCUCACCAGUACCGGCACCGGCGGCACAACGUCACGCCAGAAAAUUGUUUUUUUUGAUUGUCUGCUGACGAUGCAAAAGUCCGGUACCGGGAUCUCCGCUGGAUCCAGAGACGGGAGCACCGCGCCCACGGGAGCGGAUGCGCCGAGACGGUUAGCUCUUGGCUAAUGACUUUGACAUUUUCCUCCUCUCCUCAGAGAAAAAACACUCCAUAACUCGGCUGAUUGGCACACUUGAUGACGCACUUCUAACUGGCGAGUACUUUUUUCUGUCAUUGUAACAUGGGUAUGACGAAUUUGUCGGCUUUUCUAUGUUCAGAACGAGCGCCCUCUGGUGGAAAAUGAAAAAACUGAAAAAUUCAUCCAAAUCCAUCAAUGGCACUGAAUGAGUUAAUACACAGGUCUAUUUAGCACUAUGCAGCUAACGCUUUGAUGCACUAAUAACUUGUGCCAACCUGUGUUAAAGUAAAGUCAAAGUCAUUGAUCCUGCUCCCUCGACUUCCUGGACUGGAACAAACACUGUUUGUGUUUUUGGUUCUGACUCCGGUGACGAAACUGCAGCUUAAAAUGGAACCAAACGGAGAAAAAGAAAAAACGGGUUGAUGAAAACCCUCUUCAGAGACCUUUCAUUUGUUCUUGGUCAUUAACAGUCAAACAGAGUCCCUCAGACCUCCUCAUGUGCUCAAAGAUCUAAACCCCACGGUCCCUGAACGCCUCACAGGCAUGUUUAACAGCUUUGACUCGUUUCAUGAAUUUAUGAGGGCUUCAGUUUUAAUGAUAUACCCUCAUUCAUAUGGAGACGGAUGAAAGCUCGGCGACACGCAGACAAUGAUCAAGGACGACCUCUGGAGCAGCCAACACGGCAACCAGCAUGGCAACCAGCUGUGGUCCAUUUACUUCCUAACAGGGCAUCCUUUCAUUACCCAGCCAAGAAGAGUCACUUCCAGCUGAGUAAUCCUCCGAUUUUAAUGCAUGAGAAGUUUCUGGCUCUCCAACAGAUCAUCUGAAUAAUCAGAACUUUGUGUUGGUUUGAAAUAAUGCUGACUGAAACACGGAAAUGAAGGAACAAAAGAGGAUAAACCGAACACUGUGGUGAGAGCUGCAGCUCCACUGAUGAAGAGCAGCGUUUCAUCUGUUUCAGACUUAUUAGGUUUAAAGUGAACUCCAACCAUGAUAAUCCCAGGCUUUCAUCCCCUCCACCAUCACACACGUCUGUUUGCUCUGUAAUCUGGAGCCUCAGUGACAUUUAAGUAUUUAUAUAAAUUAGUUAAUCUGUUAAUCUGUCUGUGUUUUAGUCUGAGUUUUAGUUUUCACAGAGCAGGCUCUCAGGGAGGGAUCUGGUUCUUGUUUCUAGUCCAAAUGAUAGUGACCAAUCGGCUGUCAGCAGGCGUUGGUGUACGGAGGGUUAAAGUAAGGGAAACACACAAUUGUCGUCACGACAGUCCAGCUCCCACUGGAGGUGAUUUGAUGGCAAUUUAUCUGUCUGUAUAAACAAGUAUCUGCGUGCGAGUGCAGCUAACAGUCUGUUCUGGAUCAAACAUUCACACCGGAGCGACGAAUCUGCCUGACGCUGUGUUGCAAAAGUUGGAUGGUGUUGAGGUUUCGUGACUUCUGCAGUGUUUAAGAUGUCAAGCCGACUUCGACUCAACAAACAAAUAUUGAAGAUUGAGGACGUUCGUGACCGAGCUGACGUCUGAGCGCUCCAGACCCGUUCAUUUCAAGGACUUAGAAGGAAAUCGACUCCUUAUACUAGCCUGGUGUCCCAGACCGGUUCAGUUCAUUCACUUUUUCAGAUGUUAAUGUGGCAUACGAACGUGCGCCUGGAAGCGAUUUUGGACAACCGAUCAGAUAAACAGAUCUUAAUCUUGGUAACUUGUAAUUUAGAGAGAAACUCAUGAACUCCUGGGGAUGUAAUCAUCAGGAAUGACGAAGAAACUUGUUUUUUUUCAUUGGAAUCACUAAGAAGUCAGCUGUUCUUUCAAGGGUCAUGUACUUUUGUCUAAUCAUUAAAUAAUAGAGGCAGCUCUUCCUCCUCAAAGUUGAAUUACCAGAACUAGACUUUUCCGGGUGAUAGAAGCAUCGAAGUCGCCGCCAUGACGGCCUGUUUCUCUCAAACCUGAAACAAUCUAGUGGAGCGAUUCCCCACCUUAUCUACCGUUUAAAAACAGCGUAAUCCUCCUUUAACGUUACAGAAACCUUGGUUAUAUUUCACUUUUUUGAUCGAGAACACAUGGAAAUCUCUCCUCUGGUCUUUGUGAGAGGCUGUAGGGUCGCAGUUUCACAGUUAAAGAUGGAGGUUUUUCUGAGUCCGUGUCUUCAGCUCCAGAAGAUAAACUCAGAAAAACCUCCGAGGAGAUUUGAAGAUAUGUUAAAGAUCAGUGAAAUAUCAUCUCAUCUGCUGCAAUCGUUUUUUAUUUUGCUGCUUCUUCUAAUAACAUAACUUAAGGAGCUGCAGACACGCUAACACAAAAUUUGUUUUGUCUGUUUUGUCUCGUGCAGAAAGAGAGUGACCAGCAGAUCAACGUGAAGGUCGACGGCAGCCUGACCACCUUCACCCAGACGGGGCUGGCAGCGGGUCAGGAAUACACGGCCAGCAUCACCGGAGAGAUCGACGGCAGGAGGGGAGCUGAGAGCACCGCUGAGUUCAUGACCUGUGAGCUACUUUAGUUUUCUCUCAACAGACACGUGCAGACGCUUCCGGAUCUCUGCAGGUCAACAUCAGCUCCAAGUUUGAUCCGCUUAUUUUAUCAGGCACAUGGAGACAUAAGUAUCACACUGAUGACAGUAAGUCUUCGACGUUUAAAGGGCAGUCUGAAGUGUACUUGUUAGAAAACAGAGCUCUGAGGAGAGAGAGGUCCAAAACCUUCAGAGAGAGUUUACAUGUUUCCCUCCAGCUGCUCUUCCUGUGAAAGAUGUCGAGUCAAAGUGUGAGCACAGUAAAGAUGAGGAAAAGUCACGGGCCAAGGUAAAUUUAAGGCUGACUGGAUCUGAGUGUAUCUGUUACCUGCUGGACCUGAGGCCGUUAAAAAUCUGGACUGGAUUUUAAGUUAUUUUAUAAUCCAUCCAGUCCGUUCAUGCUGACAGGGUACAGCAGGAAGACCCUGAACCAGGACUCAAAUAUUGACCCACAGACUUCAGACUGACGUUGUUUUACCCAGACGGCUUUAAUAACUUUAAUGGACCCUUUUCCUGGUAAUUCCUCACAUCCAAUCCUGGUGAAAGACAGAGACAAGGAACCCCUGAAUUUACCUCUCUGAGUUUUUAAUGAUCACACCUGGUUUGUUUACGUCUUGCAGCAGCUGUUCGCUCUUCUGUUGUUGGACUGAUGAUUGUAGUUUAUCAGUAUUUUUAUUGUAUCUUUAACUGUCUGUUUGUUUGUUUUGUCGGCUUACAUCUCUGUUUAUUUUUGUUGUUUUUAAAGAAACUCUGAAGAAAGUAAAUUUGAGUUUCCCGGUUAGCAUCUGCACACAGCUCCUGGACUGUAAUCUUCCUUCUUCUUCUGCGUUUUCUGCAUUUUCAGUGAUCUCCGGUCCCUCCAACCUCCAAGUCGUCAAGACGACCACCACAUCAGCCGUGGUGCAGUGGGAGCAGUCUCAGGGUGAGAUCGACAGAUACCGUUUGACCGUCACACCGAGCGACGGCGCAGGGAGGAGUAAAGAAAUGACCGUCCCAGCUGGACGAGACUCCGCCCACAUCCAGGAGCUAGAGGCGGGGCGUUUGUAUGACAUCACACUCGUGGCGGAGAAGGGCGCCAGUCAAAGCGGACCCGCAGUCACCCAGGUCACUCCAGGUGAGUAGGAUCUUUCUUAACCAAUGAGCUCGUCUAAAGUUUUCCAGCUCAGAUUCCCGUUGAAUGACCUCCUCCGUCUCACACAGCUGGUUCGCAGAAAGGGCUCAUGGGAAAGUUUUCCUCUGUCUGUUCUAGCGUAAGAGAUUCCUGCCUCCUGACGCCUUUUCUCUCGUAAAAGUGAGAUACUUCAGUUAAAACUGCGGGACACAACAACAAACAGAUGGAUUCAUUUUAGAAGAAGAUUUUUAUGAAUUAGUUUGAUGUCAUGGAAAUUUACAAAUAACCGCAAAAAGACACCGAACAACAGAGCCUGAGGACGAUGACUCAGGGUUCGAUUUUUUAAACUGACAACGAGUCCAGCUUUUAGGACUCUGGUCAUUAAAUGUCUUUAAGUGCUCUUAAGUGGGCUUAUCUGGUCGUUAUCUAAUGUGUUAAUCAGAAGUUAAUCCGACUCACUUUAGAGAAACAAAUACAGAGUUAGAGACAAACUCGUGUCCUGAUAGAUCAGAUAAAAGUGUUAAAGAAAAACACUUUAAUGACAAAACAAAGACACUGAAUGACGAGAAGUUUAGAUUUCACUUCAAAAUGAAAUAAAACAGAAUAAUGUUUGAGAACAAAACACUGAAUAUUGACGGUAUUUCAAUUCUGUAAAAAUGAGAAUAAUAUUUCCCUGAAACACUCAUGAGUGCAUUUAAAGAGCGUUUUUUUCAUGGGCUGUCCUGUGGAUGCGGUGCCCUCCCUUUGACCGAAGUCCUGAGUGACAGCUGGUCUCAGUCAUGACGCGUACACUUACUUUACCGAUGAGUGGCGCCAUCUGUUGUGACGAACACUGACAUUAAAUCACUAAAACUUGAGAAGAAGCUGAAAAAAACCCUCUUAUAUUCACAUUUGUACGCUCUAACAAAGACAAACUGUCAUAAAGAGCUUCACUGCUAAGAUUGGUAACAUGUCGAGUCAUAUCUACUGUCGAGAUUAGGAUGUUAAAACUUUGCACUUUGAACAUCUUCAUCCUGGAGUAACUACAAAAGCUCACCGCUGUUUCCUCUUCACACACACUUUUGCAGUUUGUCUUGAACCAAAUCUCACACACACUAUCCAAAACAACAAAUCUGGAUUUUGUGAGUUUCCUGCGCUCACUUCUGAGGUGAGAACAGAGCUGCUCCAGUUUAAUAAAGGAAAGUGAAACUUUAUGUGUCCUGACACCUCAUCAUUCAACGGCAGCAUCGUAUAAAACACAUAACAGAGUGGAGGAACGGUCCGGUGACUGAAUCAAGUCAGGUCCAGCCUCCCAGAGCCAAAAUAAUAAACGUCUGUUUCCCACUCAGCCAUGAUAUUUUCCUUCUUAACAGACUCAGACACCGAGCACGUUGAAUUUCACUGUCAAAGCUUUUAACAUCAAUUAUAUUUCAGUUUUUCCUUACAGGCUCCACAUGGAAACCAACACCUGAAGCUGUAACGACGACUACUAAACAGAUUCUUCUUUUAAACUUCUCUUCUAGAUGAUAUCCAACAGAUUAUUAAUCGACAGCUCACCGUGACCUUAACAUUCAAUUCAAUCCAUAUCUUUAGGGAGUACAUUACCAAGGAGAACGGCAGCAGCUGUGACCCUGCAGGUCACGGCGGCACCCAGACAAGAUGUCAGGGGCAGAGAUGAAGAGUCUCGCCCAUCAGCUGAGACACGAGUCUUUGACCGGCAGGGGCAGAGGGGGGGAGAGAGUGAGAGGGGCUCCGGAAAAGACAGGCUUAUCGAUGGAUCGAAGAAAGAUUCCACCGCCUCUCUGAUUACAAGAACAAAACCUUAUCCCAGCAAGAAGGUGGCGACAAAUGGUACCAGACCCGCUGAAAGGCCCGCAGUGUCCAAGAAGCCAAACGUGCCAGGACCUUUCCGUUCAAACACAACCAGAGUCAUACCUGGAGGUCGAAAGAUUGGCCCUGGUCCUUUGAAAAAGCUCCCUGUUGGACAGAAAAAGAAGGUACCGAUACCAGCCAAAAGACCCCAACCAGGUGUCCCAACUGCUGGUAACAGAACAACCGCUCUGAAAGUGACAGACCCGAGUAAAGAGGCACCAAGCACAGACAAGACCGAUGCCAAAAAUCCAACAGUGAUAUCUGGGACUGAUUCGACUACAGAGAGAGAAAGUAGCUCAGAGGGACCGAGUUUUACUGUUGGCUCCAAAGAGCAACCAGAUGUUGGCAAAGAUGGCCAAGGAAACGACACUGCCUCAGUGUCUUCAGAGCCAACUGGGACUGUUCAGAGCCAAGACAAGAAAUGUUUGAACAAAAUUAAAGUGACGCACGUCAGAUUACCCGUUAAAGACAGAGGCAGCGGGUGCAGGGGGGGCGGACAAGUCCUGGCAGGGAAGAUUCCAGACUCCCAUCUAACAUCUUCUGAAACAGAUGAAAGUCCUGACCUGGAUUACACACCAGACCCUUUACACAAGCUCCUGACGGACACCUUUGACAGCCUGAAUAUCACAACCUUUGCCGUCCACCUGUCCAAAACAUCAGACCUCUCCACGGAAGCUGAAACUGUGAGGGAGCAGAUUUUAGAUGGACUCAAGCCCCUGUCUACAUUCAGGUCCUCUUCCACAGCUGAGGCAGACUCACAACAACCACCACACUCAACAUCAUCACAGUCAUCACCUUCACACGGUCCAUCCUCAUCAUCACAAACAAACCUGAUUCCAUCACUGCCAGUACCCUCACCACUAUCACCAUUGCCACAGUCCUCACCAUCACCUUCAUCACCUUCAUCACCUUCAUCAGCAGCCCACUCCAGCCCAGAAAAAUCAGGUUCAUCUGAAAGUGCUGAAGCAAAAACUGAACACAUCAAAAGUACGGUGAGCGUUGCAUCACCUGAAGAAGAAGGAGGACCACCAACCUCACCAAGGGGCAGGAUGCAUCCUCAUCUGCCCAGGCCUACAGAUCCAGCACAUGGUAGGACAAAAACUGGACAACUCCAGAACAACAACAACCAGAAUCUGAGAGUCCCACAGCGUCCCGUUUUCUAUUCGAACCUCAACCUCAGAAGAAAGGCAGAGACCAAACAUCCAUCCACAGGAGAACUACCGUCCACAGCAUCUCCGUCCAGUUCAGAGGAAUCCCUCUCAGGUGAGGUAACUGGACCUGUGAGACCUUCAAGUGGAGACAAAGACAAAACAACCGCACCUGCGUCCUCUGGAGCUGAACAGGAUCAGACAAAGAUUUCAACAGAAAGAGGAAAACCCCCAUUUAGACGCGUUCCUCCAAAGGGAGGAUACCCACGUCGCACUUCCCAAAACUUUGGACCUUUUAACAGAACCCGUCCAAAUCAGAGGCUGCUCCCUCCCCCCGCUAGACCUUUAAAACCAGUUUCAGAAACCAAAGAAGAGCAGCUACCUUCCUCUGAACCUCCAGCCCCCUCCUCUUCUCCUCCUGUUUCUGAAGUUUCUAAUAAAGCUGAAGAAACGGUGCCAAGAGAAGAGGUGAACAGUGACAAAGGUGGGCUGAGAGUGUCCACAACAGUCAUGACCACUGAGUUCAAUCGCACCCUCAGAGGAAACGGCGGGCCCUCUUCUCAUCGUCCUGGAAACGUUGGUCCCUUCCGCCGCCCGGUGUAUGGAGGGCGUUUCCUGAACAGAAACCAAACCAAUCUGAGGCCACCUUAUAGAGGUCCUCUUCGCAAGCCUUUACCAACCAGAACACUGAACGGCGGCAGCAGCAUUCCGGCUGAAGGUCCAACAAACCAGUUAGAAAAACAAACAGCUGAUCAGAUCCCAGAGAUCCCAUCUGGAGGGCAGGAUUCCCCCACGAGUCCCAAAGGAGUCCAGAUUAGACCGUCAGGACGUCAAGACACUGCAGAGGUAGUCCCAAGAGACCAGAUUCAUGGACGUGACUCUGAUGGCAAACCAGAGAUCCACAGUCCAGAGAGAAGAGGUGAUACUCUAAUCCAAGCCCCCAAACUGGGAGCAGAGGAGACCAAGAUCAGGGAUCCCAACUCUGACCAACGAGAAGAAAAAGUCAGUGGUGGAGAAAAUGCUGGAGGUACAAGUCAAGGUGGACCAACAACCAAAGGACUUGACUCAGGUGAUCCAGACCAUAAACCAGUUACCUUUUCAAGAAGACCAUCCCCAACAAGAGGUACAGCAACACAACAUCAGAGCCGUUUAAGACCCUACCUCAGCGGGGGUCUAAGAAGAGACAACACAAGACCAAACAACACCGCCAAAGGUGGUUUGUACAGCAAGACUGCUGCUUCCAGACCUCCAACAGGAGUCAACGUUUCCUCUCCUGGAGUCACAAGGGAACCGCUGGACAACGUGGGAGUGACAAACCGGAGCUUAGACAGAUUCACACUCGUGUGGGACUCCCCAGAGGGGAAGUAUAAAAACUUUGUUGUGACACGAAGCAAAGUUGAAAAAACCAAAAGCCCAGAGAAGACAGGAAGGAAGACGGAUCGGGGAGAAGAACCAGGAGAGUCUGAGAGAGAGGAUGGUGGAGGUGAGGAGGUGAGCCAUCGACCAACCAAAGAAAAAGAAUCAGAGCGAGGAGGCGGCGAAGACGAAAACAGAGUUCCUGAAAGUGCUGUUGCACAGUUUUCAAAAAUCCAGACCAGCACCACAGACAAGCCCCUAACAGAGAGCGACAAACCCUUCAGAGAGGUUCUUCCUGGUUCAGCUCGCUCCUUCUUGUUUGAGGACCUGCCUCCCAAGACCGAUUACACCGUGACCCUGCUUGGAAAGGGUCCCGGCAUCCUGUCCAGACUGCACAAGCUGGUCAUCAGUACAGGUACAAGCAACUGUGAGAGCAGAACAUCUUCAGUUCCUGCUCCACAUUGCUUCAACAUUCCUGUCAAUGUUGUGAAGUCCUCUCCGGGGAACUUGUCUGAUUUUCUCCAAACGGAAAACUUUACCUCACUGCACUCUGUGUCUCGUCUUCAUUUCAACCAAAUCUGUGAACUAAUCGUCACGUGUCGUCAGUGUGACUGGAAGUGUUUGCUCACUGACUAAAAGCUUCCUCCAUGUUGGCGUCCACAGCUCCAGCGCCAUAACGCUUGCAGUUCAUCAUUUCACCUCAUAUUUUUGUCACCUCGUCAGUGGUUGAGUUUAUGUCGUACCUGUUCUGUUUGUUUUUGGUGAACCUCGACGGUCAGUGUUCUCUCGUGUUUUAUGUCGAUGCUGUUUUUGUGCACCACUUUGUCCCAUAUUCAUACGUUAUAAAUAACAUUGUCUCUGCCAUUAUCAUGCGCUCUGUUAUUUGAUGUCAAACCUCACACAGGUGUUUUUCCUCCAGCUCAGGUUUAUUGUUGUUUUUUUGGUAACAACAGCGAGCACAAUUUCAGGAAUAUUCAAGAAUUCAGCAGGAAGAAGUCAAAGUUACUCUAAACUCAGAAAGUGACCGAGAACAAAACGUCAGCAGCAGGUUUCAGAGGAGUUGGCUCAUCAUUUAUUUUAACGGCUCUUGUUGGUCGCCUUUCCAUUUCUGUACGCUGCCCCUACCGUGACAGGGGGUGUUAGCUUAAGGGUAUGCACUAGAUAACAAAUGGGGUCCAUGAUUUCAGGGUUAGGGUCACCGAAGUCCACCUUAAAUGGGCUCAGGCCUAAAGACGUCUCUUGUCAGAUUAUGUGUUUUUAUCUUAAAUUGUUCAGAGAUCGUGGUUUUUGGGAGGAACUGUGGACCCAUGCAGCGGUUUCCCCUCCAGAGCUUAGUCUGUUUUUAAUGCAGUACCUCCUUUUGACCAGAGGAGCACUACAAGUCAGUUUCAAGUUUAGGCCUCAUUCCAUAUUUGUUACAAUUUUACACUGAGGUUUAAUCUCGGGGAAUAGGUGUUUAACCUAGUCCCGUCGUGUCUUUUGAGGUACUUGGAAUAUUAACUCACUCAGUGCCUUUGACAAAUUUUUCAGUUUUUUUGUUUUCCAUCAGAGGGCGCUCCUCCCCAACAUGCGACUAAGUUUGGGGUUGUUCUGAACAACACCAUUGCACUUUAUUCUAGUCCAAGGACAAGAUAUUCUGUGGGUCCUGAAAGAUACAGAGAUUUCCAUUGCGGUUAACGGUGGCACUUGGUAAAAAUUGCAUAAAUGAACCUGAAUGAGUUAAGAGUGUUAUUUUUGAACCCGGUCAUGUUACUAACCUGCUGUAUCUUAUUCUAGUUCAUGUUAUUUUAGCGUCACACGACCUUCUCAGUCUUUGGUGCCCAACUUUUUUGAAACUCUACGCUGACAUGAAAUUAUUGAGAUGUUUGAUAUUUAUGAUUUUUAAACCAACAGUUUCAGUUUUCUUUAACAUGUUCACAGUACCUCAACUGUUUCUGGAGUUGUUAUUGUAAUUGAAGUCUGUUAGUUGGAUCUUCUAUUUUAAUCCUCUCUUAUUCACCUGUCUGAAUCAGUCAGGGCUCAUCUUUGGCCUCUCAGGAUAGCAGGAACUUUUCUUUCUUUUUUUUUUUUCUUUCCAAGUUGACAUCAAAUGAGAGUUGAAACCAAACUUCAACGUAACCACAAGUUCAUUCACUGCUGCUCUGGUCUUCUCUCAUUCAGGGUAAGCUAACAGCCAGCUUCACUGACACUUCCUCACCUCUCACCCAAACAGGGUAAGACCACGGCUGGUCUCCAUUGUUGGUCUGUCUUCAGAAAAACAAACAUGCAUUAGUGCUUAACAGACUUAACCAAAGCUACAUAUUUGUCUAAGAGAUGAGUAUGACAGAGUCUGCUUCUCUCUUGUAAUACAAGUAUGUAAGUAUCUUCAGAGAAAUGAAGACGUGCAUUUCAUGAUGCAUGCACAAGUGUGUUGUUUAUUUGUUCAGCCCUCUUUCCUACAGAGUUUUAACAGUCCGUGGUUUAUGCUGUUAAAUGUCCACCUCUUUAUUUUGUGCUCUUCAGUCUUGCCACACUUUCUAUUUUCAGGUUUGAGGGACCAGCUCUCUGUUAAAUUCACCUUUCCUUCCUCUGCUGCUGUCCAGGACCCAUUUUAAUCGUUAUAAUUGAUCACUGUUUGUCUGUAUAUGACCUGUAUACUGUAUAUAUGUUUGCACUGUACAUAUAUACACACGAACUCAUCCGAGCACUAAUAGUAAAUGUGUGGAUGAAUCAAAUUUAAUGGACACAGUUUUCACUCUGUCAGCGUCUUUUCACCUAACCUGCUUCACUCUCUUUAAAGAUUAUCAUCUGUAUCGAUCCUCUGAUUCCCGAUCAAUCAUCUCUCUCAUGGUUCUCCUCAGGCCCGGAGCCGCCCACUGACAUAGUCUUCAGUGAGUUGACCGAAAACUCUCUGACUGUGUCGUGGACCAAACCCAAGUCCCCUGUCAGUGGAUUCAAAGUCACCUACACCCACGUGGAGGAAGGUAAGAACUGGUUUUAGCCCACAAUACUUAGACCCAAUUUUCCCCGCAUCUGCAACGACUCUGAGAACGAAUCGCGAGAACUCACAAGAACCCGUGGAUUCACGUUCAAUCGCACGAUCAAGAGUUCUCUAUAAAGACAGACACAUAGACAUAUAAGCAGUAGAUUGUGUCCUUCCAGAGGAGGAAAUCUACUUCUAGACUUCUAGAAUCAGCAUCUCCUCAUCCAUGGUGUCAUCAGAAUGAACCAUUAUAGAGGGGGAAAGAAACUGCAGUUCCUCAAGUGUCCACUAGAGGCUGUCUGUAAGCACCAGGGAAACCCCUCUUAACUUUUUUGAAUCGGCUUCAUUUAAUUAAAACUCGUCCAUUUAGAAGAUUUUACGACCAAAAGUGAUGCAGCGUUUUUCAUGAUUGGGGGCGUGGCUUAGUUGACACCAAACUAACUUUUCGACUGACUGAUCGGUUUGGCGGGUAGAUGAAAAAAUUCACCUGUCGGCCGUAUCAGAUAAUAAAAUGAACAUAAUUGAACAUUAAUUUGAUGAGGUCCACUUUGUUAAGGACAUUUUAAAUACAAUUAAAAAGUUAAUUAAACAGUUUUUAAAUAAUUGACUAUUUUAGAAGAAUCAUUAAUCGGACAUCUGGCGCUCAGUCCUCCAUGUUUACUGGCCAAAAAUCAGCCAGCUCUUGGGUUAGGGUUGGCAGGUGCUGACUUCAGACCCAGUAGGCGGCCUGAUCCUGCGUUCGAGUUACCUCGGAAGUUAGAUGUCGGGGUCGAAAAUGACGCCACACCUGAGUUCCCAGCGUUUCAGUUACCAAGUUCGAAAAAAGAAAAAUCGCCUCAUUAAAUCAUUGCCUUAAAUUCGGACAAAGCAGGCGCUAAAAUAACUGUCGUAAAUGUAGACAUCGUGUUUCCACCUCCGAUUUUGCUUUUUUCAGACUUGGUAACUGAAACGCCUGUGUUUCCAUGGUGACAGAGAGUUCAGCUGAGUCAGCAUUUCGAAAAUGGCGACUUCUUCAAAACUCAUUUCCAAGUGUUCAAGGUUUCAGAGGACCUUUGUCGGUCGUGUGUCGACCGCCAACUCUUGUCGAGAAUAAUUGAAUCAAUGAUGUUCCUGAUUGAAGGUUUGUCGUAACAGUCGGAUCCUCAGAUUUAUAAAUUAUUCCAGAUUUUCCUGCUUUUGAAUAAAGACGAUCGGAUAAAAAAGAAAACCAGAUGUGAAGAUGACUAAAACAGACCUGAGAUGUUUGUAAAGUUGAAAACUCGGUUCUCUGUUUUCAGGUGAGCCGGUUUCUGUGUCCGUGGACUCAGGAGACUCCUCUGUGGGUCUGUCGAAGCUCUCACCCGGGUCCACCUACGAGGUCAACAUCAUCUCUGUCCUUGGAUUGGACGAGAGUGAUCCACUCAAAGACGUCGUCACAACACGUAAGUCCUUCAGGUUUCUCUGAGGAAAUACCGACUCCGAUGGUGGAAUUAGAAAAAAGUUCUGCAGCACAAAAAUAAAAACCAGGAUCAAACUUUAAUAAAAACUGAUCAAACUCUUCAGCUAUGUGGGGAAACUUUCAGGAAUCUACAGGCAGAUUUAGAGGAUCAGUUUUUCAUUUUCUCUGAACACAAACUCUGAAGGAGGAUUUUCAACGUUUUCUCUCAGAGCAGGAUGAAGAUGAUGAUGAUGAUGAUUUCUGCAGCAGGUGUUCGAUCUGGAAACAAUCUGAGCGUUUCAGUCACCGGAGACUCAUCCUGGAUCUGUGUUUGAUUUCUAAACCGUUUUCUUACGCUGAUGACGUAACUGUUGACAAACCGAACACGAUCCUCUCUCGGUGUGAAAUCAACAUUUUUUUUGUCUCGGACACAUUCCUGCUUCUCUCUGUUUUCAUUCCUCUCGUGUUUUUUUCUCUGUUUGGUUUAUUUUUAUGAAGAUAAAACAAAAAUGAAAAUCGUGUUUCUCCCCCUCAGUCCCCGACCCUCCCACUGACCUGCGAGCUGUAAACGUCACUGACAGCACAGCCUUGUUGCUGUGGCGACCGGCUCUGGCCGCCGUGGAUAAAUACGUCAUUGUUUAUGGCGCUGGUACAGGUCAGUGACGACAGAACCUAAAACUUGAGCUUCUUCUGUCAGCUCAGAGAUUUCUCUUCUUCACGGUUUUCUGGUGUUUCUCCUCGGUGCAGAUUCAGAGCUGAGGAUCUCGGUGUCGGGAAACGCAGCCGAGCAGCAGCUCAGCGGUCUGGAAGGAUCCACCACCUACACCGUCACCAUAACCAGUCAGCUGGGCAGCCAGGAGAGCUCCAAGGCCACCACCAGUUUCACCACCACAGGGGGUCAGUGCACACACACAUACACAUGUUUAUGAUACAGACAGGGGACCGUCUCUCCUCACUGACCGAGCGAGGACCUCCAUUUACUCUGACGUCUCAUAAAGUCAGAUUUUUUUUUUUUUUUAAAUUUCAAUCGGUAUUAUUAAUUUCUUUAUUUAUUCCUUUGCUGUUGUUCAUGUUUUAAUGUUGCUUUGUUGAUUUUAACUGUUUGAUGAUUAAUGAUUUUAAUUGUUAAUAGUGUUUUAUUAUUGUUUUUAUAUGUUCUGUAAAGUGUCCUUGAGUGACGUGAAAGGCGCUUCAAAUAAAAUGUAUUAUUAUUAUUAUUAUUAUUAUUAUUAUUAUAAAGUUUCAUUUUUGUCCCCAUUAGUAACUGACGUCCUCUUAGAUCCACUUUGUUGUUUGACAUGGAUCAGGUCUCGGUAAUCCCCCCUCGGUUCUGGUUUUGAUUCGGACCUGAAGGAACUCAUGAAGGAACAGCUGUCGGGGUUUUAACGCCUCCGCUCUUCCUCUGCAGGUUCAGGGGGCGACGGGGACGGACCACGAGACCUCCUGGCCGACAAUGUGACCCCUCGCACCGCCACGUUGUCUUGGAAACCACCUUCAAAGCCUGUGGGCAGCUACAGACUGACCUACAGGACGGAAGAUCAGGACAUGAAGGUGAAGUCAACGGAGCAGACACGUUAGCUUGAGUGGUUACGAUCAGCUACGAUCGGAGGUUACGACCUUUUUGUAGAAAUUGGGGGUCAGUCUCAGCGAUCUCAGAUACUUCUUAGUUUCAUGAGAAGGUCAGAAUAAUCCAGGAUGUCUGAAGAACUCCUCACAGAGGCUGUAAAAGCAGAUUUAUCAUCAGAAUAACCUUUAAAAUCCACAUCUGCUCAUCUCUGAACAGGAAGUGACGGUAGACGGCUCGCUCACCAAGUUCAACCUGUCCAGACUUCACCCCGGAUCCAAGUACACGGUGCAGCUUCAGGCGGAGAACGGAGGAGUCUACACCACCGCCAUCUCCACCGAGUUCACCACCGGUAAGAGCCGCUCACGUCCUCCAGAGAAGUUUCAUAACCACAGAGCGCUAACUUCAGGUCCUCCUCCUCUCUGCCAGGUACCCUGAGGUUCCCCUUCCCCACAGACUGCUCCCAGGAGCUGCUGAACGGCAUCAGGAUCUCAGGAGAGCUGGAGAUCUUCCCUCAGGGCAAACAGGGGAGGACCAUGAUGGUUUUCUGCGACAUGGAGACAGACGGAGGAGGCUGGACGGUAAAACGCUGAAACCUUCCCGUGAUCGUCAAUCAUCUCUGAGUCUUCAUGAUUCCCACCUGGUUUUUUGUGAUCCUUGUCUGCAGGUCUUCCAGAGGAGGAAGGACGGCUCAGUGGACUUCUUCAGGGGCUGGAAGGAUUACACCAAAGGGUUUGGAGAUCUGAGCGGAGAGUUUUGGCUCGGUGAGUCUUUUGGAGGAAACUUCAGUCUGAGGUCAGUCCAGCCAACGUCUCUGAACCCGUUUUUUUCUCCUUCAGGUCUCGAGAACCUUCACAACCUGACCACCAUGACCAAGAUGAAUCUGCGCGUGGACAUGCGGGACGGAGCCGAGUCGGUGUUCGCCAAAUACUCCACCUUCGAAGUGGCGAGGAGAAACUACAAACUGUCUGUGGGCGGGUACAGCGGGACUGCAGGUGAGAGGAGGAGCGAUCUGUACUCACUCGCUUCCUUCACCUUUCAUUUCUAAACUUCUCAUCCCUCCUGCUUUCCCUCCGUUUCGCUCUCAGGUGAUUCUCUCUCGUAUCACAACAACCGGCUGUUUUCCACCAAAGACCGCGACCCGACGCCGUUCAUCACCCGCUGCGCCAUGUCGUACCGAGCAGGCUGGUGGUACAAGAACUGUCACGAAGCGAACCUCAACGGGCUCUACGGCAUCGACGUCAAACACCAGGUACCUCAGUCAGACGGACGCCACUCUGACCCCACCGGGUUUAAACAGUCUGGUCUCAAGAUAGAAAAUGAUGGUCAUGAUUCUCGUGGUGACGGUGACCCUCCAGAGCUCAGGUGUGUCUCUCUCUCUCUUCCUCAGGGAAUCAUCUGGACCACCUGGAAGGGAAAAGAGCACUCCAUCCAGUUUGUGGAGAUGAAGAUGAGGCCGGCGUCCUUCAGAGGAUGA